AUGCCUUCUCAAGAUCCUUCAACUACACUUCUCACUCAAGAGGAACUACAAGAGGACCUCCAAAUUUCUGUUGCCGCAGCUCAAGAGUGGCCAGCCGAGCUCCUCUUCACUGGUCUUGUUGGACAUGAAAACGAAUCACUUGAUCUCUUCUCCUUUGUUACAAAUGGGAUGGAACGCACACUUUCCCAGUUCAAUCCUGAUCAUUGGCCACCCAACAAAGAGGGACAAAAAAAACUACUGGAACACUUGCAACAACUUGCCAUGAAACAUGGAACUCAUUUCCACUUGAACAGCCACGCUGGCACCCUCCGAUGCUCCAGAACUCGCAAAGCCAGAGCUACUCACACUGCCAAGGAUACUACGGGUGACAAGUUGUGUAACUGUCGCCUCCAUUUGAAAAUCUCAAAGAACAAGGAGUUUAUCUACCUUUCUUGCAAGGGAGAGAAAAUGCAUAAACACCAUCCAAGACCCGGAGCGUUACCUGCCUGGGCUAACAACUUAACGGACAAGCAAAGACAUCAUCUCCUUGUCCUUGCCCAGCAGCGAGCUGCAGUUGCUAAUCCUCAAUCCCGCAAAAUCAUGCUAGAGCUGAAGCUGGGAUACAUUUCCAAAUUGGCUUAUCGAACAGUGCUGGUAACGGCACCAGACUACAUUGCUGCAAAAGCGGUGGCCGGUGCAAAUUCCUCUGCGGCCCAGUUCAUAAGCUGGUUAAGAGCGCAAGCUGGUAACCCCAAAUCAAAACUGUCCUAUGUUGUCCUCUCCUAUGCCCUCACAACCAAAAAUUGCAAUAUUGUAAGAGAUCACAUUGGAAAUCCAAAGGGUCGGAGGUCCAAGAGUUUUCCAUCUCCAGAUCCUGAGAUGGUCAUGAAUAAUCUUGCAUACAUCGACAAAGUUGUACUACCAGCGCCACAUGCUGACAAACACAACUCAAAACCUACCCCACCAAUCGGGGAGGGUGGUCUAGUCGCAAAAAGCAACUUGCGUAAAGCUGCUAUAGCUCGUUUGGCAAAGCCAAGAUGGGAGAAGUAUGCGGCCAAGUUUGAUGCUGAGUAUCAUUUGAAAAACGCUGAAGCUAUCCGUCUUGAAAAAGAGGCAAUUUUUUGCCGGCCAGCCAAAGAAGUAGACAAUGAAACCAUUACAAACAACCUCACCUACACAUCCAGCGUUGCGGUCCUAUCAAAUGAUGCAUCCGAGAAGAAAUUUAGCAGUGGGGAUGAUGGUAGUGUCAUGAUGCUUGAUGAACCGGACAAGGUACAAGCUUUGGAUGUUUCCGAUGAUUCUGAUUUGGAAUCCACAAGUGACAAUGAAGGCAGCCAUGUGGGGGGUGGAUGCAAGAAGGAUGACACGGGUACCAAAGGUGGAUGCAAACAGAAACAAGCCCCUCUUCCAAUGGGACUAUUCUUUAUUCCAUUGGUGGCCAGUGUUGGGAUAUGA